AGAAAGGAGCUGGGGGGUCUGUGACCGCGCCGCCCGCCGGGCCUGAGGGGAUGGACGAGGACGAUCCUCACGCUGAGGGGGCGGCGGUGGUCGCCGCGGCCGGGGAGGCGCUGCAGGCCCUGUGCCAGGAGCUGAACCUGGAUGAGGGGAGCGCGGCCGAAGCCCUGGACGACUUCACCGCCAUCCGGGGCAACUACAGCCUAGAGGGAGAAGUUAUACACUGGUUGGCAUGUUCAUUAUAUGUUGCUUGCCGCAAAAGCAUUAUUCCCACAGUUGGAAAGGGUAUCAUGGAAGGAAAUUGUGUUUCACUUACCAGAAUACUACGUUCAGCUAAAUUAAGUUUAAUACAGUUUUUUAGUAAAAUGAAGAAGUGGAUGGACAUGUCAAACUUGCCACAAGAAUUUCGUGAACGUAUAGAAAGGCUAGAAAGAAAUUUUGAGGUGUCUACUGUAAUUUUCAAAAAAUUUGAGCCAAUUUUUUUAGAUAUAUUUCAAAAUCCAUAUGAAGAGCCACCAAAGUUACCACGAAGCAGGAAGCAGAGGAGGAUUCCUUGCAGUGUUAAGGAGCUCUUUAAUUUCUGUUGGACCCUCUUUGUUUAUACUAAGGGUAAUUUUCGUAUGAUUGGAGAUGAUUUAGUAAACUCUUAUCAUUUACUUCUGUGCUGCUUGGAUCUGAUUUUUGCCAAUGCCAUUAUGUGCCCAAAUAGACGAGACUUGCUAAAUCCGUCAUUUAAAGGUUUACCAUCUGAUUUCCAUACUGCUGACUUUAGGGCUUCUGAAGAGCCUCCCUGCAUCAUUCCUGUACUGUGUGAACUACAUGACGGACUUCUGGUAGAAGCCAAAGGAAUAAAGGAGCACUACUUUAAACCAUAUAUUUCAAAGCUCUUUGACAGGAAGAUUUUAAAGGGAGAAUGCCUUCUGGACCUUUCUAGUUUUACUGAUAAUAGCAAAGCAGUGAACAAGGAGUAUGAAGAAUAUGUUUUAACUGUUGGUGACUUUGAUGAGAGAAUCUUUUUGGGAGCAGAUGCAGAAGAGGAAAUUGGAACUCCUCGGAAGUUCACUGGUGAUGCCCCAUUAGGGAAACUGACAGCACAGGCUAAUGUGGAGUGUAACCUUCAACAACACUUUGAAAAAAAAACAUCAUUUGCACCUUCUACACCACUGACAGGACGACGAUAUUUAAGAGAAAAAGAAGCAGUCAUUACUCCUGUUGCUUCAGCCACCCAAAGUGUGAGCCGGUUACAGAGUAUUGUGGCCGGACUGAAAAAUGCACCAAGUGAACAACUUGUAAACAUUUUUGAGUCUUGUAUGCGUAAUCCUAUGGAAAACAUUAUGAAAACAGUGAAAGUAAUAGGAGAGACUUUCUGCCAACACUAUACCCAAUCAACAGAUGAACAGCCAGGAUCUCACAUAGAUUUUGCUGUAAACAGGCUAAAGCUUGCAGAAAUUUUGUAUUAUAAAAUAUUAGAGACUGUAAUGGUUCAGGAGACACGAAGACUUCAUGGAAUGGACAUGUCAGUUCUUUUAGAGCAGGAUAUAUUUCAUCAUUCCUUGAUGGCCUGUUGUUUGGAAAUUGUGCUCUUUGCCUAUAGCUCACCUCGUACUUUUCCCUGGAUUAUUCAAGUUCUUAAUCUGCGACCAUUUUAUUUUUAUAAGGUUAUUGAGGUGGUGAUCCGCUCAGAGGAGGGACUCUCCAGGGACAUGGUGAAACACCUGAACAGCAUUGAAGAACAGAUUUUGGAGAGUUUAGCAUGGAGUCAUGAUUCUGCGCUGUGGGAGGCUCUCCAGGCUUCUGCAAACAGAGUUCCUACCUGUGAAGAAGUUAUAUUCCCAAAUAAUUUUGAAACAGGAAAUGGGGGAAAUGUACAGGGACAUCUUCCCAUGAUGCCAAUGUCUCCUCUGAUGCAUCCAAGGGUCAAAGAAGUUCGGACUGACAGUGGGAGUCUUCGAAAGGAUACGCAACCAUUGUCUCCAAUUUCUGUCCAUGAACGCUACAGUUCUCCUACCGCUGGGAGUGCUAAGAGAAGACUUUUUGGGGAAGACCCCCCAAAGGAAAUGCUUAUGGACAGGAUCAUAACAGAAGGAACAAAAUUGAAAAUUGCUCCUUCUUCAAGCAUUACUGCUGAAAAUAUAUCAAUUUCACCUGGGCAAAGUCUUCUAACAAUGGCCACAGCCAUAGUAACAGGGACAACAGGACAUAAAGUUACAAUCCCAUUGCAUGGUAUUGCAAAUGAUGCUGGAGAGAUCACACUGAUACCAAUUUCCAUGAAUACAACUCAGGAGUCCAAAGUCAAGAGUCCUGUAUCACUUACGGCUCAGUCAUUAAUUGGUGCUUCUCCAAAACAGACCCAUUUGACUAAAGCACAAGAGGUACAUUCAGUUGGAAUAAGCAAACCAAAGAGAACUGGGUCCUUAGCACUGUUUUAUAGAAAGGUCUAUCAUUUGGCAAGUGUACGCUUACGUGAUUUAUGUUUAAAACUGGAUGUUUCAAAUGAGUUAAGAAGGAAGAUAUGGACAUGUUUUGAAUUCACUUUAGUUCACUGCCCUGAUCUGAUGAAAGACAGACAUUUGGAUCAGCUCCUCCUUUGUGCCUUUUACAUCAUGGCAAAGGUAACAAAAGAAGAAAGAACUUUUCAAGAAAUAAUGAAAAGUUAUAGGAAUCAGCCUCAAGCUAAUAGUCAUGUUUACAGAAGUGUACUGUUGAAAAGUAUUCCAAGAGAAGUAGUGACAUACAGUAAAAACCUGAAUGGUGAUUUUGAAAUGACAGAUUGUGACUUGGAAGAUGCUACAAAAACACCUGACUGUUCCAGUGGACCAGUGAAAGAGGAAAGAGGUGAUCUUAUCAAAUUUUACAAUACAAUAUAUGUAGGAAGAGUGAAGUCAUUUGCAUUGAAAUACGACUUGUCAAAUCAGGACCAUGUGAUGGAAGCUCCACCACUCUCUCCUUUUCCACAUAUUAAGCAACAGCCAGGCUCCCCACGCCGCAUUUCCCAGCAGCACUCCAUUUAUGUGUCCCCACACAAGAAUGGGUCAGGCCUUACACCAAGGAGUGCUCUGCUCUAUAGGUUCAACGGCAGCCCUUCUAAGAGUUUGAAAGAUAUCAACAACAUGAUAAGGCAAGGUGAGCAGAGAACCAAGAAGCGAGCAAUAGCCAUCGACGGUGAUGCAGAAUCACCUGCCAAACGCCUCUGUCAAGAAAAUGAUGACGUUUUACUUAAACGACUACAGGAUGUUGUCAGUGAAAGAGCAAAUCAUUAGUGCCCUUCCCAUUUCUAUGAUAAAAGCACUUUCGGUUGUUUUCCAGAAAAGUUGGGGCUCUAUCUUUCAAAACAUUCAGCCCUAUAGGUAGUAAAUAUCACUGAGUUACAAGAAAAGUUACACCAAAGUUGGGUUUUUUUUUACAUUUAUCCAAAAUGUAGUUGACAGAUGUAUUUUGAGUUGGAUUGUAAAGGAAUGUUUUAAGUGCCUUUUAAACAUAU